UGCAUUCAUAUAUGAAUUUUAAGAGGCGGUGAUCCAAAUCUAGAUCUUUUUUAUAACCUCCGAAGAUCGUAUAAAUAUUUAUUAUUUAAUAAAUUAUUUUAUUUCUUACUUAAUUGAAAUGAGGUUUGCAUUCCAUAGACUUUUUAAUUCCAAAAUGCUUCACAAUUUAAGAAGUUUACAUGUUUCGCAAAAUGUAAGAAGAGAAGCUUACGAUGGGCCAGGGAAAACAACAGUGACGAUACUCAAUAAGAAUGAAACCUCUUUACUGUUAAUAACCAGUUAUAAUCAAGCAGGAUUCACCUUAAACAAUGGUAUCAAAAUGGUCGGACCUAUGGUUUUAUUUUCCAAAUCGUUAUUAUAUUGGAAUAUCGCAUCUGCAAAGGAUAUAAACAAAGAUUCUCUCGUAUUGUUUAGCGUAUUAGAACCAAAAUUAGAUUUAUUAAUAAUUGGAUUAGAGGAAGAUUACGAGUAUGAAUUUAUCGCCAAUCUUAAAAAAACCAUAAAAGAUUUGGGUAUAAACAGUGAAAUUUUGCCAGUAGAUCAAGCGUGUAGCAUAUUCAACUUUGUUAACUUAGAAAAUAGAUAUGUUGCUGCAGCUUUGAUUCCACCUAAAAGGAAUCCUUUAUUUUCUUCGUUAAAUACAAAAAUAUCUAAGAAAAAGAAUCCAGUAACGCAAUCGGAAAGCGAUUGAACGAUAUAAAAUUAUAAGUUACAGUUGAUGUUAUUUUAGAGUCAUUAAGUUAAGCGAAGAAGUAUGAAUGUACGGUAUAUUCACAAGUUUAGUCGUGAGAUACUUUUUGUUACAAAUGAUAUGUGCAUUAAAUGACGUUAUAUAGAAAACAACAAUUGUCUCUAUAAAAUGAAAAAGAGAAGAAACUUGUCUUAUCGUAGAAAAAGAUCUUAUUGUAACAGAAACAUGUAAAUGAAAAUAUAUACGAGACAAGAUAGUAAAUUAAUUAAAAUGUUUACAAAA